AUGAAUUCCUUUACAUAUCUGUCUACAGUUACAAGUCGUGUUUCUACAGAGCAGGAACACGUUCCUGACCACAGUAAAGACGACCUGGCACAACAAUUGAAUGAUGAGAUGACACGUGCUGUUCUACCAGUUACAUUUUUUGUUGGAAUUGAAGUGUUUGCAGCGUUCUUUGGGAACCUACUUGUGAUAUAUGUGUUCCUAAUUCGGUAUCAUGUUUGUAACUUCAGAUACUUUGUGCUCUGCUUGGCUUUCACCGACAUCACGAGCAGUUUAACCACAAUGCCGGGAGAGAUGGUGACACAAUUAUAUUGGCACGUGUAUCCUGUACCAGAAGUGUGCAAAAUUAAAUCAUUCUUUAAUGUGUUCACUGUAUCCGCCGAGGCACUGUGUCUUCUAACCAUUGAUGUGGACCGCUAUAUGAAAGUGUGUCGGCCACUAGGUUGGCAAAUGAAGCCUAAACAUGCAAAAUAUGUAUGUGGAAUUAUAUACGUUAUAGCAUUUAUAUUGGCCGUACCUGUGUAUUUUUUCUGGGGGACGCAUGCCAACGAAAAAAUCUACAAAAAUACGACAGUAACAGUAACAAUAUGCGAGAAAGACGAGGAAUGGUUGAAGACAAAUCAUCCACUUCAAUAUUCCGUUACAGUUGUAGUGAUUAUUUCCCUAUGUCUCGUUUUAAUGUUUGUUUUGUAUGUGUUCGUUGCCAGAAGACUUCUAAUGAAUAAACGUUUUCGCACCUACACUUCAGAACAACGAUCAUCCAAAACUUCAAGCAGUAUAGAGACUUCUCCGGAUCCGAUAGAAAUAAAUUCAACACCGGAUGUCAGCGAAUCUGACUUCUCAAGAAGAGAAGAUAGAAAAUCAAGUAACUUGAAUGUGCAAGACUGUGACAGAAACAUUGCCGGUAAUGCAGGCAGACCAGAAAGUCGAGAAAGUACUCUUUCUGGAGUAAGCGUUGAUGAUGACCAGGAUCCUCGGGAAAAACGCAAUAAGAUAUCAACUCAUCACAGUAACCCCAGGCACAGUGGUUCACACGACAUGGCAUCACGAGUCCGGAGGAAAACGCUCAUCAUGUUUAUUUUGACGGUUGUUUUUAUAAUAACAACGAUAUUGUACCUAACAUUGCUGUCGUUCAUUGCAAGAUCAAUUCUGGACACUAUGAGCGAUAGUAGCAAAGCCGUCUAUUUCUUUUUCUUUCGCCUUUAUUUCAUCAAGCACGUGAUUUACCCGAUCAUUUAUGGAGUGUUCGAUCAGACAAGUUAUGAGAAAUUUUAG